CCGGAUGUAGCUGACGUCACCACACUUUCAUUGUAAACAUGGCGUCCGUGACAACAGCCACCUCAGAGUGGAUUCAGUUUUUUAAGGAUGCUGGGAUCCCAGCCGGCCUCGCAGUCACUUAUGCAGUCUCCUUCGUUGACAACAGGAUCAGCAAAAACAUGCUGAUGGAUCUCAGUAAAGACAUCAUGAUGGACCUCGGCAUCACAGUCAUAGGCGACAUCAUUGCCAUUCUUAAACAUGCCAAGCAGGUCUACAGGCAGGACAUGUGCAAAAUGGCCACAGAGGCCAUCUCCUCAGGACAGACCAGUGUUCAAGCUGAGCUCAGAAGAACUGCCAAUACUCCUGCCACUCGUAUGAUUGCCAACGCUUUGAGCCAUGACUCCCCGCCGGCCACUCCAGCCCGUCGACCUGACAACCGUCUGUCCGUCACUGUGUCCAACAUGCAAGCAAACAAGAGUGGCAAAGCAGUUGUAAGUCAGCCGGCAGAUGAGGGGAACGGUUUGCCAGGAGUGAAGCGCCGACGUGUGACCGCUGAGAUGGAAGGCAAGUACAUCAUCAACAUGCCCAAAGGCACCACGCCUCGUACACGUCGCAUCCUGGCCCAGCAGGCCAAGAAAGGUUUUAAACGCACCUCUGUGUUUGAAAGACUGGGGGCUGAAUCGAAGGCAGACACAACCACAAGCAAUAACAAGCCCACCGGUGUGUUCAGUCGUCUGGACAGAAGGGGGGAGGAGGAGAAGCCUGGCAAAAUGUCUGGAAACAUGGAUGUAGAAGACGAGGACGACAGUGACGGAGAAGGAUCGGUCCUCCAGUACGCCGGUGUCCUCAAGAGACCACCUCCCUCCCAAAAGAAGGAGCCAGCUGCAAAACCAGCCCCGACAACACUGCGCCGCCUCGGAGGCAAAUUCAAACUACCUCCUUCUGACACUCCCACAUCAUCUUCCUCUAAUGGCCUCCCCCCUGCCAAGAUUAGUGUGCUUCAGAGACUGGGUAAGCUCCCCGCCACACACCAGGGCAAGGCUGUGUCGCUAACACCUGCAGCCACACAGGACAACAGGGUGACCACCAGCACCAGGGCCAGAGCCCAGGAGAGACUGACCAUAGCCAGCCCCAAGGUCACCAGCAGCACUGGGGCUGGAGCAGCAGCAGCAUUAGCAGCAGCAGCAGGAGGAGGAGGAGGAGGAGGAGAGCCUGUGGGGGCCCAGAUGGACGUGAGGGCUAUCAGUGUUUUUAAGAGACUGGGCAACAAGAAAACCUAACGCAAAAAAAUUCUCAGACUCUUUGUAUACGUUCUUUAUAGAAUUUGUAUCACCGCCUUUUUGCAAUGAUCAGGACUGAAGAUUGGAGCCUGAGUGUAUGGACUAUUUUGACGCUAUUUUGUGGCUUUAGGAUUAGAUAAAAAAAUGUUGUUUUUCUUUUCCUUUUUUUUUUUUUUACACUUGUCUUGCUGCCAUUGGAAUAUCACCUUCGUUUAGUGUUCAAGCUUUUGAUUUGAGGACUCAAAGUUCUCUGCGUAUCAACCAGAAAGUUAUUUAUCUUGUCUCAGUCAUAUCUGCAUUUUUAUCAUUUAAAAAAAACAUAUAUUUAACUAUAUCUGUUAGCUUAAGGCAUGAGCAUGACCUCAACCUGGCUGCCUUCAUGGUGGUUUUAAUUUUACCCUGUAACUUCACAUAUAAGGAUGCUGCUGCCUACACUUCCCUUUUUAACAGAGUUCUCCCCCAGGAUGAGUAUGUGGUAAUUUUAUUGAUAUUUGCCUGAAAUUGAAUUGUCUCUGAAAGAUUAUCUGAUGUAAAGGUCGUGAUAGAAGUUUUGUAACACCUCAGGCAACCAAAGUUAAAAACACAGCAGUCGGGCUAGCUAUAAGGCGUUGGUUAAGUCUUUCUAGUUCCUUCACCACCUCAAAAUUACCUCCUGUAUUGUAGUAGGAAAUGUGUAGAAGUGCUUAUAAAAGGCUUGUUGAUAUCAGUGAGUGAACACAGAAUGACCUCUUUGAACACUUGAAUCAAGGAACAGCACCGCACCUCCUCCUCCUCCUCUUCUUCUGCGCUUCAUGGAGUAGACGCUCACACCUCUGAACUAAAGACACCCAUGUCAACUUUUCUAUCAUAGUGCAGAGCAUUUUCUAUAGCCACCUACUUGAAGGCCGGAUCAGUAGAUUAUCAUUUAUUUUCAAAUGCAAUGUAUAGAUUUGUUAGACUUGAUUUCAGACGGCACAGAAACUGCUCUGCUGCAUAUUUUUCUAUGUGGGCAUUCUUGUAUCCAGUAUCCAUGUAAUGAAACUCAGAGAUGCCAUCAGACCUGGUAUCAGGGGGCCACCGUAGCUCUCAGUUGAUAGCUCACCUUUUAACCAUCUUUAAGACUUCACACCAGAACUUUGUUACACUGUAAAUAUUUGAAAUGUUGAAAAUCACACUGAGGAAUUUCUAUUGUUUUAAAGAACAAAGAAGAGCAAAAGACACCAUGAAGUGACAUGUUUUUUUAAAAACAAUAUAGAGGAAAAAAAACAUACUGAACUUGGAGAAAGUGUGCUUGGAAAACAAUUAAAAGAGAAAAAGGGUCCAAACGUG